GCAGAAGUUAACUUCCACCUGCCCUGAAGUCGCCGCUGCGCCGGCAGCAGGAGGCGGAGGCGGAGGCGGAGGCAGGCGGGGCAGCCGAGGACCCGGCUCUGGCAGGCUCCGAGGGUCCGGCCGAGUGUAAUUCCCCCCUAAUCCCCGCCACGGCGGCGCUUCCCUGGCCGAGCCAUGUCUGCGGCUUCCCCGCCAUGCCGAGCCUAGCGGGGAGCGGGAGGACUGGCGGCCGGGAGGCGCACAAAAUGAAGACCCUGAUGCGCCACGGGCUGGCCGUCUGCCUGGCGCUCACCACCAUGUGCACCAGCUUGUUGCUCAUGUACGGCGGCAUCGGCAUCGGCGGGGGCCACCCGGAGCCGCGGCGGCGGCAGCAGCAGGUGGCGGCGGUGCCCAGCCGCCCGCCCGAACGCGGCCAGCGCCACCCGGCUCUGCCCGUCGGGGCCGGCCUCCUGGAGGGCUACAUCAGCGUCCUGGAGCACAAGCCGCUGAGGAUGCACUGCAGGAGCUGCGCGCUGGUCACCAGCUCGGGGCAGCUCCUGGGGAGCCGGCAGGGCCGCAGGAUCGACGAGAGCGAGUGCGUGAUCCGCAUGAACGACGCGCCCACGCGCGGCUACGGCAACGACGUGGGCAACAAAACCAGCCUGCGCGUCAUCGCGCACUCCAGCAUCCAGAGGAUCCUCCGCAACCGCAACGAACUCUUGAACAUGAGCCACGGCGCCGUGUUCAUCUUCUGGGGCCCCAGCAGCUACAUGAGGAGAGAUGGCAAAGGCCUGGUGUACAAUAACCUGCAGCUGAUGAACCAGAUACUGCCUCAGUUAAAGGUGUACAUGAUUUCUCGCCACAAGAUGCUUCAGUUUGAUGACCUUUUCAAACGGGAGACUGGAAAAGACAGGAAGAUAUCCAACACUUGGCUUAGCACGGGCUGGUUCACAAUGACUAUCGCAUUAGAGCUCUGCGACAGGAUAAAUGUUUAUGGCAUGGUGCCACCGGAUUUCUGCAGGGAUCCUAAUCAUCUUUCAGUACCUUAUCACUACUACGAGCCUCUGGGGCCAGACGAGUGCACAAUGUACAUUUCCCACGAGCGGGGCCGCAAGGGCAGCCACCACCGCUUCCUCACGGAGAAGCGCGUCUUCGAGAACUGGGCUCGGACAUUCAACAUCCGCUUCUUCCAGCCCGACUGGGAACCACAGCCGCUGCCUGGAGCCCAGCCCGAGGCCAGCCCGCUGGCCUGAGCACGGACACACGGACACAUGGACACACAGACCCAGCCCGCUGGCCUGAGCACGGACACAUGGACACACAGACCCAGCCCGCUGGCCUGAGGCACGGACACACAGACACAGGGACACACAGACCCAGCCCGCUGGCCUGAGGCACGGACACAGGGACACACAGACCCAGCCCGCUGGCUUGAGCACAGACACAGGGACACACAGACCCAGCCCGCUGGCCUGAGGCAUGGACACAUGGACACAUGGACACACAGACCCAGCCAUGGCACCUCCCACAGGAGCCUCUGGGCUGUGGGCCAGCACGGCAGCCUGGAGGAGAAGGGUCCCAGGGUGUGCAGCUGGCACGGGCAGGAGCAGCAGGCAGGAAUGGCAUGGAGGAGCAGCACACACCCCCAGUACUUGCUGUUAAACUGUAUGAACCCAGUCUGUCAUCUUUUGGGGCCAUCUGACGUCUGUGUGUGUUUGUGAUUCAUGACACACAAUCUGAGUGUCAUUAAGGGACCUUUAACUCAUUAUGGCUUUUUUAAGUACGAUACCACUGAAUUUUCAUAGUGAAAACUUUCCGUAUUUAUUUAAUGGACGUUUUUAUGCAACCUAGGCCAGUAUUUUUCUAAUUCACAGUUAUGUGGUUAUCUUUCAUAAUCUUUUAAAUCCAAAAUUAAUAUUGCUGAUGGUUUGAAAGGCCUAGCUUUUUAUUUAUAAAACUUGUUUGAAAUUAAUUCGAUAUGGCAUGUAAUUAAUAUUUGAUCAAGAAAUGUUGGAUUUCUUCUAAGAAUUUUGGGCUCCAUUCCAGCCUAAAGCCUUUAACAGCAAGAGUGGUCCCAUGCGCAGAUCCAGCUCACUUUACAUUCUAACAUCUUAUGUUAAGAGGAAAAUUAUAGUGAAAAUUCUGUUUGAUAUUAAUGUGCAUUUGCUGCUGUGCUGUCGAGCUGCUGUUUUUUAAAUAGGGGUGGGAGGAAGGAGGGCAAACAAAAUUUAUCCACAAAAAGCCAAACCCCCCCACUGGCCAUGGCAGCAGCUUCUCAGUGAAGACAAGCUAAGGCUGGAGGAGUUGUGUUCUGUUUUGCCUCUUGUACUCCUGCAAGAGGCUGCCAGCAACCCCCCUGGGGCAACUGACUACGAACCAGGCCACAGCUGCUCAGCACAAUGUCAUCAAAUUUCUGGAAUGAAGAAGGUAAACUACCAGUACUACAAUACCAGUCAUGGUAGCCAAAGAGAUCACAGCGCUGCACCUGCAAAAAUCUCUGCUUUCCACUGUCCCAAGAUCAUCACUGAUCUCGGAGAUUCUGGAUCACACUCAAGCUGGGAUGAGAAAAGUGUUCCAUGAGUACAAAAUUGUCCUCCUGAGAGGAGCAAAGUUAAACUCUGCUUUUUUUUUCCAUGAAGUCCCUGUAUGUGGCGAGUCCCUGCAAGACAAAGGGGAAGGACAAUGCUCAUGCUGUGUAUGGAACCUCACAGGGGGAAUUACUGGGUUACAUGUGGCUUGUGAAUAAAGAAGAUUUCAGUUACAGUUUUACUUUUCCUUUUGCUUCACAAAUAUCAAAUCUCAAAUUUUUUUUUAAGUAAUCAGUAACUAUUGCAUGAAACAUAUCUCAGGUGAUGAAAAGUGUCUCUCAUUAGACAAGUGCAAAAGCUAGAACAAAGAUACUACCUUUAAACACCUAAAUCCAAGAAGCUGAACCUCAGAGGUGAGACACAGAACUGGACCAAACACUCAUUUAAACCCCCUUAUAACCCAUGGUCUUCCUCUUUCCAAAACUGGAUAGCAAUAGCUGCAGCUGCCCCACAGAUACAGCUGUCUGGGGAUAAAGUGAACUGUCCUGGCAGGGGUCAGCUGGUGUCACCUCUGUAACACUGCCUGAACCUGAAGUGCAAAUCUCCAAGAGCCACUGUCCUGCUGCAGCCCUGCCCACUAUCAAAAAGAAAGAAUCUAUAUUGUAUUUUGCCUUAAAAGCUUUACUUUGGUGUUCUUCCUGGUACACACCACUCAGCUUACAAACUGAAUGCCAAGUGCAUGUUACCUUUCUCUUGACAGCUGGUGUUUACCUCUCCUUCCUUCACUGAUGGUGUUUUAUUUCUUCCACUUGAUUUCACUGCAUUCUAUAAAAAACAGAAUGGGUUUUGAACUAAUGGCAGUUUGAACAUUCCUUUCAACAUGUGUACUGGGUGUGUAUGCAGCAUAUAUUGCCCCAAUUGAUGAAACCUGUCAAACUGAUUUACAGAUCGUUUCUAAUGUGACUGCAAGACGUGGUACAGAUCACAGUAGGUCCUCUGAUGCUUCUGUCCCUGUUUUAUUACUGAUACAAUAAUAAAAAGAUCUUUUCAUUUUAAA